AACAUUUGACUCGGAUGCCGACUCACCCUCCUUCUUCCUCUUCUUCCUCCUGAGUUCUAUAUAAAAAGAGGAAAGCUGAGUAUCUCCUAAAAGAGCAGAGCAAUUCAGGUUCAGAUAGCUGCUUGUCUUCUCAAGAUGGGAAGUGCAGAGGUGGAGCAAACAAAGGCACACUCGCUCGUCGGUUUCACGAAGCCACCAGCGAGAACCUGGCAGAGGAAAUUUGAAGAUGAAGGCAAGAAGAUUGCAAUGUUCAGUAUGACCAUGACGGAUAUCAUGACAAUCAUGCCCUUGAUUGUUAAAGUGCUUGGACUACACAUCAAAGCAACCGCGAAAGGCCAGGCCUCGGUCUAUGACCCAUUCAAGAAAUGGAUGGACAACUGCUACCGUGGGGUACCCCUUGGCGUGCUAGGUUCAGGAAGCAUAGGGAGAAGCUACAGAGGGUACUUUCAGCAUUUCCAGAUAUUCCCGAGGGUUUAUGAACAGAAGCCUGUCCUAGCCAAUCAGUUUUCGGCAUUCGUUUCCCGUCCUGGUGGGAAGAGAUACGCAACAAUAUUGUCUUCACCAAAUGCCGAUGUCCUCAAGGGAAUAGAUAAAAAUGGCAUUGGGUCUUGGGACUGGAAUCUGAAAGAUAAGAACUGUGCUUAUCAUGGCUUGUUUCCAAGAUCUUGGACAACAUAUGAAGGUGAGCCGGACCCUGAAAUCAAGAUCACUUGUCGUCAGAUGUCGCCUUUCAUCCCUCAUAACUACAAGGAGAGCAGCUUCCCGGUUGCGGUUUUCACUUUUACGGUGGAAAAUUCUGCAAGCACACCUGCAGAUGUCACAUUGCUCUUCACAUGGGCAAAUUCAGUCGGCGGGACAUCAGAAUUGACUGGCAAUCACACCAACUCCAGAAUGAAAGCGCGCGACGGCGUCAAUGGCGUCCUACUCCGUCACAGGACGGCUGGCGGGCACCCUCCGGUGACAUUCGGGAUCGCGUCCCAGGAGACCGGCGACGUCCGCGUCACGUGCUGCCCGUCCUUCGCGAUGGGCCCGCCCAGCUCCGGCGGCGGCGAGCAGCUCACGGCGAAGGAGAUGUGGGCCGAGGUCAAGAACCGCGGCUCAUUCAGCGACGCGGCCGGCACGGCACCGAGAGGGUCUUCGAGGCCCGGAUCGUCCAUCGGCGCGGCGGUCGCGGCGACGACGACGGUGCCGGCGGGGGGCACGCGCGAGGUGUCGUUCGCGCUGUCGUGGUCGUGCCCUGAGGUGAAGUUCCCCUCCGGGAGGACCUACCACCGGAGGUACACCAAGUUCCUCGGCCUAGAUCGAGACGCGGCGGCAGAAAAGUUGGUUCAUGACGCCCUUCUUGAACACAUGAAAUGGGAGUCGCUGAUCGAUGAGUGGCAGAAACCUGUUCUUGAGGACAAGACGCUGCCUGAUUGGUAUCCUGUCGCACUGUUCAACGAGCUCUACUAUCUCAACGCUGGAGGCACCAUUUGGACAGAUGGCAUGCCUCCCAGGAAGACCGGGCUUGCUUCGUCAAGCUCAGGGACGUCGACGAUGGAGCCCUUCUCCCUCAACGGGUUCAGUCUUCCAGGCGACGGCGAAAGCUGCAGCACCGCAGUGGACGGCAUGCUGCGCGCAAUGGCGACGGCGGAUGAGCGGCCGCACUCGCCGGAAGCAUGCUUCGGCACGGCGCUGCUGGGCGACGGCGAGGAGAACGUGGGGCAGUUUCUUUACCUGGAGGGGAUGGAGUACCACAUGUGGAACACCUACGACGUCCACUUCUACGCCUCCUUCGCACUCCUCUCCCUCUUCCCGGCGAUCGAGCUCAGCCUCCAGCGCGACUUCGCCCGGGCAGUCCUCCAUCAAGACGCACGCCCGAUGCACACCCUCGACGGCGCCACCGUGCCGCGCAAGGUCCUCGGCGCCGUGCCGCACGACUUCGGCCUCGCCGACCCCUGGUUCGAGCUCAACGCCUACAUGCUCCACGACCCUGCGCGCUGGAAGGACCUCAACCCCAAGUUCGUCCUCCAGGUGUACCGCGACGUCGCCGCCACGGGCAACGUCGCCUUCGCCGCCGCCGCGUGGCCGGCGGUGUACCUCGCCAUGGCGUACAUGGACCAGUUCGACUGGGACGGGGACGGCAUGGUGGAGAACGAGGGCCGUCCCGACCAGACCUACGACCUCUGGUCCGUCUCCGGCGUCAGCGCCUACACCGGCGGCCUCUGGGUCGCCGCGCUCCAGGCGGCCGCCGCCAUGGCGCGCGUCGUCGGAGACCGCGGCGCGGAGGGAUACUUCCUCGAGCGGUACGAAAGGGCGCAGCGGGUGUACGACGGCGAGCUCUGGAACGGCUCCUACUUCGACUACGACAACAGCGGCAGCGGGAACAGCAAGUCCAUCAUGGCCGACCAGCUCGCCGGGCAGUGGUACGCGCGCGCGUGCGGGCUUGACCCGAUCGUGGAGGAGGAGAAGGCUCGCAGCGCGCUGGGGACGGUGCUGGACUACAACGUCAUGCGGGUGCAGGGCGGCGCGGUGGGGGCGGUGAACGGGAUGCGGCCGGACGGCGCCGUGGACACGUCGUCGACGCAGUCCAAGGAGGUGUGGCCCGGGGUCACCUACGGCGUGGCGGCCGCCAUGAUCCACGAGGGCAUGCCGGAGGCGGCGUUCCAGACGGCCAAAGGCGCGCACGACGCCGGGUGGGGCAGGGACGGGUACGGGUACGCGUUCCAGACGCCGGAGGCGUGGACGGCCGAAGGCGGCGGCGGCUACCGGUCGCUGCACUACAUGAGACCCCUCUGCAUCUGGGCGAUGCAGUGGGCGCUGUCGCCGCCGGAGCUUCACAAGAACCUGAGAGCGUUGCCGGGUUCGGUGUCGGCCGCUGCGUCGCCUGCGGAGGUGGCACUGGCGCGGGAGAAGUUUGAGAAGGUGGCGAGCAUGGUGAGGCUGCCGGAGGAAGAACAGGACAAGGGAUACCUAGGAGCUCUCUACCAGAUUCUCCGUCAGAUGAUCCUCCCGGCAUCAUGAUUCUUUGGGAUGGAACUUCCAGCUUUACAAAUGGUGGUUGUUAGUACUCCUACAACACAUCAUACGACCGGAAACAAUUUCUUUUGAUCUGCACGAUCUGAAACACUGACUCCUAAAGUACAGAUAAUUUUUUUGUUAGAACUGGAAUAAAAUGCAUCUGGCUAAAGCAUUCUA